CAAAUUAUUUUCCGGUCAACAUUUCAGUCCCGCCCCACCAGUCUGUGCCAUCUUGUAUUUAGCAAGAACAAAAACGGUCUGAGAAACAAGUCCAACCACAGGAUGGGGCGCAGAUAUUCAGACGAAUUUUAAGAGUAGAUUUUAGAAAGUUUGGGUGUAACCGGACAAUAUGCUUGGAAGUGGGCCGCGGCGGAAAAGCAUCAGCCACACCCCGUAGAAUAGCUAAUGUUAACGUUAGCUUGUGAGCUAUCAAAGCUAAGCUAGCCAAUUAGCUAAGGCUAGUAACAUAGUAACGUAGGAGAGACAACUGUCGGGCUUAAAGUUCAUCUUUGAGCUAGGCUCGGGUAGCAGUGUAAUUUUGAAACCCUUAAUUUAUUUCGCUGCUGCUCUGAAAUCGGGGGGACUUUCGUGGAAAUGGAAAGCGACGCGUCCUGCUGAUUAUAUGCUGAGAGGAGACCCGGGCUAUGAGGAUAGAGACUCACUAGCUUGGCUGCUAACCGUUGUUUUUCGUUCCAGAGCGGAACCACAAUAAGCCGCGGCCCUGGCCAUGCCCUCGAGUGCACGGGCGGGCAAUCUGAAGGACCCAGAGGUGGCAGAUCUCUUCUGCAAAGAUGACCCAGAGAAGCUGUUCGCUGACCUCCGUGAGAUCGGCCACGGCAGCUUCGGUGCCGUUUACUUUGCCCGAGAUGUGCGCAACAAUGAGGUGGUGGCCAUUAAGAAAAUGUCCUACAGCGGCAAGCAGACAAACGAGAAAUGGCAGGACAUCAUCAAAGAGGUGAAGUUCCUGCAGAAACUUCGUCACCCAAACACGAUCGAGUAUCGAGGAUGUUACCUGAAGGAGCACACGGCGUGGCUGGUUAUGGAGUACUGCCUCGGCUCGGCCUCAGACCUCCUCGAAGUUCACAAAAAGCCACUCCAGGAAAUCGAAAUAGCUGCUAUUACCCAUGGUGCACUGCAGGGAUUAGCGUAUCUUCACUCUCACAAUAUGAUUCACAGGGACGUGAAGGCAGGAAACAUCCUGCUGACGGAACCCGGGCAGGUCAAACUUGGAGACUUCGGUUCUGCUUCAAUCGUGGCUCCAGCCAAUUCCUUUGUUGGGACUCCCUACUGGAUGGCUCCAGAGGUGAUCCUGGCUAUGGACGAGGGCCAGUAUGACGGCAAGGUGGACGUCUGGUCGCUGGGCAUCACCUGCAUAGAGCUGGCCGAGAGGAAGCCCCCACUGUUCAACAUGAAUGCUAUGAGUGCCUUAUAUCACAUCGCUCAGAAUGAAAGCCCCGUCCUUCAGUCCAACCACUGGUCGGACUCUUUCCGCAACUUUGUGGACUCUUGCCUACAGAAGAUUCCCCAGGACCGACCUACCUCGGACGUCCUGCUCAAUCAUCGGUUCUUGUGCCGAGAGCGUCCACUGACGGUGAUCAUGGACCUGAUUGCACGAACAAAGGAUGCAGUACGGGAGCUGGACAACCUGCAGUACCGCAAGAUGAAGAAGAUCCUCUUCCAGGAGACCCAGCAGAACGGCCCCGCGUCUGAAGGAGGCGAGGAUGAGGAGGAGGUGGAGCAGUACCUGCUCCGGACGGGCACCGUCAACAGCAUGGAGAGCUCUCAGUCGGUGCCCAGCAUGUCCAUCUCGGCCAGUUCUCAGAGCAGCUCGGUCAACAGUCUGGCCGAUGCGUCUGAUGACAGUAGCAGUGAGAUGGCCAUGAUGCAGGAGGGCGAGCACACCGUUACCUCCAACAGCUCCAUCAUCCACCGGCCCACGGGUCAGGAUAACAUCUAUGAUGAUCCUUACCAACCAGAGCUGGACCAACCACAGGCUCCCUCAGCUGGACGCCGUCGAGCCUACUAUCGCAACCGUGACCACUUCGCCACCAUCCGAACCGCCUCUUUGGUGACCCGUCAGAUCCAGGAACACGAGCAGGGCUCGGCGCUGCGAGAGCAGAUGUCGGGCUACAAGCGUAUGAGGCGGCAGCACCAGAAGCAGCUGAUGGGGCUGGAGAACAAGCUGAAGGCGGAGAUGGACGAGCACCAGCUGAAACUGGACAAAGAGCUGGAAAACCAGAGGAACAGCUUCUCCACUGAGGCUGACAAGCUGAUGAAGAAGCACCAGGCCAUCCUGGAGAAAGAGACCAAAGCAGCUCUGGCAGAAGAGAAGAAGUUCCAGCAGCACAUACUGGGCCAGCAGAAGAAGGAACUGACCAGUUUGCUGGACUCGCAGAAACGCCAGUACCGCCAGCGCAAGGAGCAGCUGAAAGAGGAGCUGAACGAGAACCAGUCAACACCGAAGCGGGAGAAGCAGGAGUGGUUGAUCCGUCAGAAGGAGUGUCUGCAGCAGAUGCAGGCGGAGGAGGAGGCCAGCCUGCUCAGGAGGCAGAGGCAGUACUACGAGCUGCAGUGUCGCCAGUACAAGAGGAAGAUGCUAUUGGCUCGCCACAACCUGGAGCAGGACCUGCUCAGAGAGGACCUGAACAAGAAGCAGACUCAGAAGGACCUGGAGUGCGCCAUGCUGCUGCGGCACCACGAGUCCACCCAGGAGCUGGAGUUCAGGCAGCUGAGCUCAGUGCAGCGAACUCGGGCCGAACUGAUCCGAACGCAACAUCAGACCGAGCUGACCAACCAGAUGGAGUACAACAAGCGUCGGGAGCAAGAGCUUCGACAGAAACACGCCAUGGAGGUCCGGCAGCAGCCCAAGAGCCUCAAGUCCAAAGAGCUGCAGAUCAAGCGUCAGUUCCAAGAGACCUGUAAGAUCCAGACCCGUCAGUACAAGGCCCUGAGGAAUCACCUGCUGGAGAGCACUCCCAAAUCUGACCACAAGGCCGUCCUCAAACGUCUCAAAGAGGAACAAACACGUAAGCUGGCCAUCCUGGCCGAGCAGUACGACCACUCCAUCAACGACAUGCUGUCCACACAGGCUGUGAGUAAGCUGCGGCUCGAUGAGACCCAGGAGGCCGAGUACCAGGUGCUGCGCAUGCAGCUGCAGCAGGAGCUGGAGCUGCUCAACGCCUACCAGAGCAAGAUCAAGAUCCACACAGACACUCAGCACGAGCGAGAGGUGAAGGACCUGGAGCAGAGGGUGUCCAUCCGCCGGGCGCUGCUGGAGCAGAGGAUCGAGGAGGAGAUGCUGUCUCUGCAGAACGAACGCUCGGAGCGAAUCCGGACUUUGCUUGAGCGUCAGGCCCACGAGAUCGAGGCCUUCGACUCGGAGAGCAUGCGUCUGGGCUUCAGCAACAUGGCGCUGACCGGCAUCCCGGCCGAGGCCUUCAACCAGGGCUACCCGACCCCCAGCCCAUCCUCGGGCUCCAGCGGUUGGCCGUCCCGGCCCGUCCCCCGCUCGGGCAGCCACUGGAGCCACAGUAUCCAGAACUCGGUGGCGACUCCGUCCUGGCGCAGUCAGAACCACAGCGGAGGAGGCUUCAGCCGGGCCGAGUCCAUCACCUCCUCCCACGGCCUCGGCAGGGACAGCGAGAUGCACAAGAGCGGCAGGGGCCAUUCCUCCUCGUCCUCCACCUCAUCGUCCUCCGCCCACCAUCACCAGCAGCACUACCUCCCUCAGCACUACCAACACCAUCAAAGCACGCCGCAGCUGUACCGCGAGAGCCACGAGCGCGACAGCAGGGAGCGCGAGCGGGCCAGGGAGUGGGGGGGAGGAGGGGGACACUACUCCCACCACUCCCACCACUCCCAGAGCCACCACCACCACCAUCACCACCUCUCCUCCCACGCAUCCUCCCAGUCUCUGGCUCUGCUGCCUCCCCCACCACCACCUCCUCCCAUCUCCCUCUCCUCCUCCCCUCCAUCAUCUGCCUCCUCCUCUUCAUCGUCACAGGGAGGCUACGGGGGCGGGGGCCUGAGCGUCAGGGGCCCCAGUCUGAUGGCCCUCAGGAACAGCCCCCAGCCUCUGAGGAGGACGGCCUCCGGGGGUCCGGGCGGGGGCAGCGAGGGAGGUCUCAGCCGGAGCACGUCGGUCACUUCUCACAUCUCUAACGGCUCCCAUCUGUCCUACUCGUGAAGGCCGCCGGGUGUGGCGUUCUGCUUCUGUACGGGAAACAAAUCGGGCUGCAGACAGCAGAAGCGGAACCAGGCCCGCAGUGGCGUGUUUUUAGCAUGUUUUAAGAGGCUUCAUAGAGCUGCAGCAAGGUAAAUUGGUUAAAAGUGUAAAUUUUAAGAUCUCCUUUCCUGAAGGGUGCAGGGACGUUAAACCGAGGCACAAAGAAGAGAAAGAGAGGACGCUGCUCAGGUGAGUGAGCGGCAGAAAGCCCCGAGCGUUAAGAGGAUCACUGCUAACGAAACACAAGCAGAAACCGAGCCGUGUGCUGCAAAAUGAACGAGUGGAGCCUUUGAGGUCGAGUCCGUUCAUCCUGCAGCACACUCAAUCCAUUGCACAGUAUUGACUUUGUGAUCAGACGGGAGGCGCCUGUAGGACCCGUUUGGGACCUUCGCCGUUAAAAUCGAGCCAACGUCCGAGUUUAAUUUGAUGGGUUUUUUUUUUGUUUGUUUGCGUUGAGCUGAGCGACGGCUGUGGAGCUUCCUCUUGGCUAGCGGUGCUUUAAAACCACUGUAACUUUGUAAAUAACGGCGAACUGUAAACCCAGUUUUUUGAUUCGUAAGUGUUUCAUAUGUUGAGCGGCGGCAGGGGAAGGUUUCUUCAAAACACAUUUCUUUUAUUUGUAGUGAUAAGAUUCUGUACAUGACGGUUAAACAAACACUGCCAUCUCUUUGUUGGGCCGACCCAAGACAACUCGACCACUGCCCUUUAAGUCUUCUUGAAGGAGCAGUCCGACAUUUUGACAGGCGAGCGGGUUCGUUUGGACUGGCGUCAGAAAAUUGUUGAUCAGCUUGUUGUCUGGGUGUUGAGAACAGAAGAAGCUCUGAGCAGGAAGGAAGCUGUCGCAUGCUGACGUCCCGUCCUCUUCAUCACCUCCGAGAAAACCCAGGCUGCACUGACGCCUAAAAUCCUGCACCAAAGUUUUCUACAUUUUCUGUUGAUGGAUGAACUGAGAGGACUGGAGCGUCUGUUUAAUCAGUCACUGCCUCCUCCUCAGUCACGGUGCUUCCUGUCCUGUUUUGUCUCGUUUGUGUUUUGCAUAGUUUUUGGUCAUUUUGAUGAUGUUUAUCAAAAAGAAAGACAUCAUCAGGAGGAGAAAAGGAGUUUGUGAAGGCGCCUCACUGAAGUUCAUUUUAAACUGGAUUUUAUUAAGCCACAGGACUCACCUAAAGGUGAAAGUUUUAAACAUUUUAAAAGUAUAUUUUUCUUUUUCUGCAGGUUCGGUGUUUUCACACUUACCUGAAUCCACAGUUGAAUUCACAGUUGAUUGAUUUAUUUUCUGGGUUUUAUUAAUUAGAUGCAGUUUGGAAGAACACUAGAAACACUGUGACACAGUCGUUAACCAGGUGCGUCGAAAUCCUGCGAGAAGUUGGACAUGAAUUGAAUGGGACAUAAUAUUUGUAAUUACGAGCCGCCCGUGAGGGAGUGUGGAGCCCAGUAAGUUGGGGACAACGGAGACAUCUGUGUGAACGAUGGGCCGUCAACAUUUGUGUCUCAGUUUCUGAAUUGUUACAGCCUGAGUUAUGAAGGAAUUAGUUUCCUUGUUAGAAGUAAUUUAUCAACAUAUGCAACGGUAGAAAAACUCUGGCAACGUACUGCACAGCUUUUCUGUUCUGAACACCCCGAUGAGGCGCCAGUGAUGUCACCUGAUUCCAGUUAAAGCAGCCAGUAAGAAAAUGUCGGACUGCUCCUUUAAAGAGAUGCUGCCACAGAGAGUUUCUGAGUGAGCUGAGCACUAAGUGUGUGUGUUCGUGUGUGUGCCUGUGUGUGUGCGUGCGUGCGUGCGUGCGUGCACGGGUGCGCAGCUUGCCUCCACAUCCUCCUGUUUGCUCACAGUUCGGUCUGCAUCUGUAGAUAAGAUGUACAUGUUACAGUACAAAUGAGUUCGGCUCAGUGCGUGGGACUUGUGUACAGACGGCAUUUGUAUGGACAACAUGCACACUACCUAUUUAUGUAAAUGUAAGAUACCUGUGUAAAUGUGGCAGGUAUGCUGAAGAUUGUUCACUGUCCAAACACUUUUGACUUGCAUUGUACUUAGUAGUGUACAUAAAAGCACUAACUUUGAGACUGUGUUAGAGUAAUAAUAAUGAUUAUUUUGUCAUGUGAGUCAUACCCGUUUGUACUAGAUUCAAACAAAUAGAUGCUAUCAUUAUUAUUACCUCUACUGCAGUUGGAAUAUUUAUGUUGUAUGCUAAUUUUUAAAUUGUAAUUGCCAAUUUUGACCACUAGGUGGGGAAUAAGCGCAAUGUUACUGUGAUAGAGCUAUAAAAAGAAUUUAAAAAAAAAAAGAAUUGAGGAGGACAAAAGGACUACCUUUCCCAGCAUUCCUGUCGAGGUCUCAGGGAAGGAGUCCACAGUUGUGGGCAGGGCUGCGUUCUACUUUUUACUUGUUUUUUGGGUUUUUGUUCUUUUUAUUUUGAGCCAGUAUUAGAAGGUUCGGCGUUGAGUCGAGCAGACGUACACGACGUGUUUCCAGAUACUUUCACUACAUUUGGUGCCAUGUUUUUGUUUUUUUUAAUUUGUAUUUUAUGUUUGACACUCGUUAUUCGCUGUGCACAAGACUUCCCCAAACACACUGUAACCUGCAAGGUAUGGAGGCCCAGAGUGAUCAAUAUUAAAUCUUUUUUCUUUUUUUUUUCAAAAAAAAAAAAAAAAAGACUUAAAGGAGUAAAAAGUCAUAUGAAGAAAUUGUGUAAAAUAUAUAAAUAAUCCAAAAAGUUCUGGAAUUUAUUUUUAAACUCAUUAUAAAAUGUAAUUUUAUCAGAUGUCAUCAAGCCCCCCCCAAAAAGAGGACAUUUUACAUUAAUCAACAGUCAGAUUUAAAAAAUGCAUAGAAACGGUGAAAUAACAUUUAAAAACAUUCGAUAUUUGUUUCACACAACUUCUUCAUGACUGAUUAUCCUGUUAGGUUCUUGAUGUUGACCACAGACCUCCACCCUGUCUUCAAACACCUCCUCAUUUUAUUUUGCACAGUCCGAAUGGGUAGAAAAAAAAUCAUCUGGUCACUUCCUGCGGUGGCGUCCCGUCACGUGACCCUCC